GAGAAAUAAAUAGGAAGGAAUAGGACCUCACUUCUCUCUCUCUCUCUCAACGUAUUAUCGCUGGCUUCCAGGCUUGCCACCAUGUUCUCUCCCCAAAACGGUCGCCAUAAGAACCACAGACUAACACCAUCAUACCCUAAAACAUUGGUUUAGCACAGCCUGUGGGACGAUUUGUAGUAAUAUGGCUUUUGUAUCAGCUGAGUCCAUGUUCCAAACCCAUGAAGAUAACUACUUCCCUACCCACUCCCCCAAUCUCCUCCCCUCAUCGUAUGCUCCUCAAGACUUUCAUGGUGUUUCACCCCUCAUAAUGAGGAGAUCCAUGUCCUUUUCGGGUGUUGACAGGUGCAACGAAGUGCGUGUAGACGAUGACAUGUCUGAUGAUGGAUCGGCACUUGGAGAGAAGAAGAGGAGGCUAAACUUGGAACAAGUAAAGGCACUUGAAAAGAGCUUUGAAUUGGGUAACAAACUUGAGCCCGAGAGAAAAAUGCAGUUGGCAAAGGCUUUGGGUCUGCAACCAAGACAGGUCGCCAUAUGGUUCCAGAACAGGAGGGCAAGGUGGAAGACUAAGCAAUUGGAGAGAGACUAUGAUGUCUUGAAGAGACAACUUGAAGCACUUAAGGCUGACAAUGAUUCCCUCAAGACUCAGAAUAAAAAACUUCAUGCAGAGUUAUUGGCUCUAAAAUGUAGAGAAUCAACUGGAACUGGACCCAUUAAUCUGAACAAAGAUACUGACGGUUCUUGGAGCAAUGGGAGUGAGAACAGUUGUGAUGUCAACAAAGGUACAACAAGAACACCAUCCACAGUUGGGCCUCAAUCUCUAGCUCAAGCCCUCCAAAGCUCAUCAUCGAGACAAGGGCUUCAGUAUCAGAAAAUUCAUCAAACGGCUCCGGAUGAGAGCUUAUGCAACAUGUUUAAUGGCAUUGAAGAGCAAACUAGUUUUUGGCCAUGGUCAGAGCAGCAACAUUUUCAUUGAUUCUACAAAACCCAUUUUUCCUCCUCUGACCCUGCACUGCAAAAGUCUCGUGGACGAGGCCGUACUUCUUUUUGAUUGGUGUAUAGCAGUGAACAUAUGUACUCAAACUUAAUGGGGCUAAAAAUUAGUAUCAGGAGAUUGAGGGUUUUGAAAUGUACACUAUUAUCCCCAUUCUUGUAAGAAUAUUUUGCAAGGUUGGACCACUUGGCAAAAAGAUUAUAAUAAUUCAUAUCACAAUAAUAAAAAGAUUUUAG